UCAGCCUCCAAAGGACCAUGGUGCUCCUACGUCAUCGUGUCGUGGCGCUUUCGCCUGUGACGUCAUUUCUUACCCUGUGACGUAACCCAGAGGCGUGACUGAGGCUGACCUUUGGGUUGUGGGAUUUCCCGAGGCCUCAUUGGCCCCCUGACCCCUGCAGAAUGGCCUCACCCCUAGGGGACAAGCGCUCUUCACCCCGGGUGGAGACCGCCCGCUACAAAGAGACAUCGACGGUCCGCGUGGAGACGUCGUCCCACCGCGUGGAGACAUCCUCUCGGCAGGUGCGAACGUCUUCGCGGCACGUGGAGACCUCCCAGCGCUGCAGCGUGGGGCCCUCGCUCUCGCCCUCCGGGAAACGCCUUCCUCAAGUCCUGGAGGUGUCCUCCCAGCACGUGGAAACCUCCUCGCAGCGCACAGAAACGUCCUCCCGUCGCGUCAGGGCCUCGUCCCUGCAGGUGGAGACGUCUCUGCACCACGUGGAGAGCCCUACCCGGCGGGACAAGCCGGCAGCCCGCCAAAACGUAAAAACAGCCCGAUGA